AUGCCAGUCGAAGAAUGUCGUGCUGAAUUCAAUGAAGACAAGCAAGAAUUAUUGAAAAGAUACCAGACCAGAUUGGAGGGUUAUCUUUCACGGGCUGAUCUUCUGAACUCCUUAGAUAUGAAUGUCCUGCAAGCAUUUGUUAUCUAUCUGAUCUGUGGUCGACACGACGAAGACGGGCCAGACGUCGACACGCUCAUUGGGGUUGCCAUCGGAAUCGCAGUCAAGAUCGGCCUUCAUCGCGACGGAGUGCCGCUAGGCUUCUCACCUUUUGAGAUAGAAAUGCGGCGGCGACUCUGGUGGCAGAUUUGUAUCCUGGAUGUGCGCACAGCUGAGGAUCAUGGCUCUGAUCCACGCAUCCUAGUGUCGUCUUUCGACACCAAAUUCCCCUUGAAUGUCAGUGAUACCGACCUUGAUCCCGACAUGAGUGCACCACCCCUGAGCAGAACAGGAAAGACGGAGAUGUUGUUCGCUCUGGUGAGAUUCGAAGUGAGCAAUUUUGCACGCCGGAUCCUUUUCUCGAACAAGUUCUGUCGCGAGAAUGCCUAUCGCAUCUUAUCAUCCCCGGAAAAAUGCAAAGCGAUCGAUCUGUUUAAAGAGCGGAUCGAGACGAAAUACCUGUCACAUUGCGAUUGGAACUUGCCCCUGGACUUUAUCACUGCAGCUUCCUGUCGGCUCAUCCUCGUGAAACUCAAGCUGAGCGUAAGCAAGCCACAGACGAGGGAGAACCAGACCGUGCUCAUGCAGGAGAAUUUCCGCACAAUUUGCGUGGAGGUUUUACAGUGCGCCCAGAUUUUACGGCACUAUGACAAGGGAAAACAUUGGCUGUGGCUCUUUCAGAUCUAUAUCGAAUGGGAUGCGUUGGCAUGUCUUCUCGUCCACCUUUCUUUGGUCCCCAAAGGCAACGGCACUGCGAUGGCGUGGAAAUCUGUCUAUGAGACAUAUAACUAUUGGAGGAGUAAGACCGACCAUCAUCGAAAUCACCGCUGGGUGCAGAUCGAGGAGCUGCACUCUCAAGCUUUGGUCGCUAGGGACAUGGUACAAACUGCUCUAACACAACGGGGAACACCAUCCGUUGAUAGUGACAGCUGGAGCCACUUAAACACAACCAAGCUGGAGACCCAACGGCAUAGUUCACCGAUGGUAUCUAAAUAUGGUAACAAACAGUGCACGGGUCAGCCAUUAGACCCGGACAGUCAUGGUUCAAAACGUCCCUUCGAGCUGCCGAUGUCACGACCAACGUCCCAAGAAGAGGCAAAUAAGACAGCUGCCGCCUAUACUUUAUCUCAGCCAGAGUCAUUCAGUACCCCUGCGGAUAUUCCGAGCUCGGGCACCGCUUGUCAGUGGAGUGAGGGCAUAUUUGAGCAGUACUUCCAUAUUUUGGAGUCUGAGAAAAACACGUCUAUAAAUUUAUGA